UCCACUGAGCACACGGUAUCAACUAGCUCGCAAAAAAAAAAGAGAAAGAAAACCGGAGCUUCUCUUGCAGUUUGUGGAGACGCCGGCCUAUUACACGGUAAACCCAUGUCAGCAGCGUGUGCAGCUUUCCGUAUGGGGCCACGUGUUCUCUGUUCUGGAUGAUCUGCUAUUGGACAGACUGUGAGAGGAGGAGUGAGCACUCAUCAACUUUCUAGGAAGGUUCUUUCUAAUCCGGUGACAGGCCCCGUCCUCAAGCAGUGUCUUCACAGGCUGCCAUGGAUCAUGUGCUGGACAUAGCUGACUGUUACCUCUUCACUCCUUACAUUUACCCGGUCUCAUGGCCCGAGAGCUGGGCUGUGCGCCAGAUGAUCAGCCUGUGGCUGGUAACCAACUUGGGAGCUCUGCUGGUUUACCUGGUUUUUGGUGCUCUUAAUUUCUACUAUGUGUUUGACCAUGUACUCAUGAAGCAUCCGCAGUUUAUUGAGCAUCAAGUAAGAAAGGAGAUCCAGUUGGGAACAGUCUCCAUCUUCUGGAUGAGUUUUCCCACCGUAGUGCUUUUCUUCUGGGAAGUCAGAGGACACAGCAAACUUUAUGACAGCAUCAGUGAAAACUCCCUGGGCUGGUCAGGACUGUUCGUAAGCAUCGCUGGUUUCCUGUUCUUUACUGACAUGUGUAUAUACUGGAUUCACCGCGCCAUGCACCAUCAGAACAUUUACAAGCACUUACAUAAGCAGCACCAUACCUUCAAGAUACCAACACCGUUUGCCAGCCAUGCCUUCCACCCACUCGAUGGCUUCCUGCAGAGCUUACCGUACCACCUCUACCCUUUCAUCUUCCCUCUCCACAAGGUGGUUUACCUCUCCCUCUUUGUCUUCGUCAACAUCUGGACCAUUUCCAUCCACGAUGGAGACUACCGCCUUCCAGGCCCGCUGAUAUUUCUGAUUAACGGUGCCGCUCACCAUGUUGAUCAUCACCUGUACUUCAACUACAAUUACGGACAAUACUUCACACUCUGGGAUCGCCUGGGAGGCUCGUACCGGCACCCAUCGGCGCUGCUGGGGAAGGGACCCCGUGACCAGAUUCGCAAGCUGACGACAGAAGCAGCACAGACACAGUGAUGAUGGACGCUCAGAGCAGAGAGCCAUUUCUGGUCAUUAACAGGCUAUUAUGCUGCCAAUGGUCUAAAGCAGAAGGAAGAGACAGCCGGUACGAAAUACGCAGAUGCCCUAGCUAGAUACUACCCAGGCAGAAGAUGAAAAUUAUAAAGCAUAGUAAAAUAACACACUGUAUAUUAGCAACAGUGACAUUAGGGUUAUGUAGUACUACUGGUAUGAACGUAACGAGCACAGACUCUGGUGUUACACACAGCUGUAGCAGAAAACUCAAAGUUGAAUUGAUGUGUUUUAAGCAUGUUUAAGCAUAAGAGCAAUCCUUUUUUCCCCAAUAAUGUGGCUGCUUUUAUAGUACAGCGACAUCUAGUGGCCAGACUACCUGCAAGAUAACUAUGGUAU